CAUUCUAUUUGUAUAUUUAUAUACAAAGUCAACUUAUUGCCCCCAACAAUCUGGGUCCUCAUUUUACCUACCUUAUAAAGGAUGGAAGGCUGAGUCAAUUUUGGGCCUGGUGGGACUAGAACCUGCAGUAAUUGCAGGCAGCUGCUGUUAAUAACAGACUGCAUUAGCAGUCUGAGCCACAGAGGCCCUUUAUACAUAUUAUACAUAUUUAUAUUAUAUUAUAUGUAUAUAUUUAUACAUAUUAGUCCAUGUGGAUUCUUUCAAGAUGAUAAUGAGAUAUUCUUUGAAAAGUAUUUUCAGGACCAAUGUAACUCUAAUUCCUGGAAACUAAUGUGAAAAUGUGUUCCUAUUCAUAUGUUUUGAAUUAUGCCAGAUUUUAUAAUCAUUUGUACUGGGAAAAGAUGUGACUAGGAUAUUGCCCAAUGUUGAUCCUACCAUUUCACAAGCCCAGUUUUAGCCACAUUUGACUAGAGUAGCUAUCCUGGUAUGGUAGUUAUAUCAUGAAUUAGUGCACUCUUAAAAUAAUCUGCAACAUUUUAUAAGUAAAAGCUGUUAUGUAUAAACUAUAUCAUUAUUUUAUUUAAAGCAGCACAUACUUUAAAUAAAAUGGUUUUUUUUUUAGUUUAUGUUCAUGUAAUUUGCAGCACUCUGAUGCAAAUACGUUUUGAUCAAAGAUUUAAGCACCCUUCUUUAUAGGGAUUCUGAUAAUACAUGUUUAUUAAAAUAUCUGCAUAAUUUAUUUCAAGCAUAGCCAGUUUCAGAAGAGCCAGUAAUUCUCUGAGAGUUGAAUGUGGAUUUCUUCCCAAAUCAUUCUCAAUACUGAAUUGGGCAGUUAUUAUGAACUGAAGUAGGAAGAUGAAUGAUAAAUUAAUUUAUUCCAUUUAGAUGUUGCACGAUUCCAGAUAACUUCGGGCAUCUUACAUUACAAGAACAAUAAAAUACAGUGUGAGUAAUAAAGUACUACAAAGGACAAGAAAUGUGUUCCAAAUAUGCUGGGUGUGCCAAAAUAAAAGUGGCUUAUAGUGUUUUUUUUUUCAAUCAGUGGUAUGGUUAUGAUAAAUGAUAUAUGGUAUGACCUUUCAGCCAGCAAGACAAGGAACUGUGGUAGAUCUCCAAGACAUCAAGCUCUGCUAAGUAAUUUAUUACCAUAUAAUAUUAAAUUAAUGAAACAUUAUGAAAAGGGUCCCAGUGAGCUGCAUAUCAAAUAUAAGCCCAGUUGAUAAUGAAAUCAAGGUUCACAUUUCUGUGCCUCUUUCUCCCAUGCGUCCAAGGUAAUGAGCUAGAAGCCACUUCCUUUUGAUUAGGAGGGACAGUUUCUAUCUGGCCUAAUUCUGUUUAAUGGACUGAUCCAGUGGUGUGUUGCCCCUGAUUCGGUCCGGUUCUUGCGAACCAGUAGUAAAACUGGAGGCGGGGUGUGCCCACCCACCCGGAUGUCGCCAUAAACCAUCUGCGCAUGUGCAGAAGCUCGGUGCAUGCGCGCAAUCCCAUUGCAAACCGGUAGUGAAGGUAAGUAGAACCCACUCCUGGACUGAUCUCUUAUCAGUCUCUUUGCUUUUAAUCAUGUGAGACUCUGCUCUCACAAAUGAUCUACAGCAUAACUGAUAAAUUGAUAUACUGAAGUAAUUUAAGUAAUCAGACAUAUACAGCCUCUGUGUUUAAAUACACUACAUGUAUUGUAUAGCACACAUUCUGUACAUGUUGUUGACUAACAAAUCAGUGUUGCUGAAUUUGCUUCCAUGAUAAUUGAUCAGGCUGGUCCCCCAAAGGAAGUUUUGGCCCAUCUUUAUCAGAUGCUGGCAGGUAGUUCUUGACUUUCAACCAUUCAUUUAGCGACUGUUUGAAGUUACAGUGGUGAUGAAAAAAGUGACACGCAACCAGUUCUUGCACAUACAACCAUUACAACAUUCCCAUGUGAUCAGAAUUCAGGCGCUUGUCAGCCACUAUGUAUUUGCAAUUCUGAGUCAUGUGAUUGCCAUUUGCAACCUUCCCAGAUUUGCUAACUGAGUCAAUUGGGGAAGCCAAAUUCAGUUCACAACUGUGGUGAUUCAUUUAACAACCCUGACAAAAAAAUAUUGUAAAAUCAGGCACGACUCAAUAACUGUCUUGCUUAGCAAUGAAAAUUCUAAAUUGUGGUCGUAAGUCAAGGACUACCUGUAUGGUGAAUACAGGACUUCCCCUACCCAUGACUCUGCUUCUAAUUAUAUAAUCAGAAUAAGAAUUCUUGCUUUUAAUAUUGAUUUUUUUCAAAUAUAGGGGUAUAAAAGCAUGUGAAGAAGUCAUAUAUGAUCGUUUUAAUUUUUAUAAAUAUUUUUAAAAGAAACGAGCAAGUAAGCAAAAGGAGAAAAAGAAAAAAAUCAGAGAAAUAUGUUGAUGGUGGCAAUUUGAAGCUGAUCCGAGGGGUGGAUAUAAGAGGACAGGGUGCGGCCUAUGCCUGUGAAGGAUGCUGAAGAAAAGUAGCCUGAUUGUCUGGGGCCUGGUGCUUUUUGUGGCCUGGAACGCCCUGAUCCUUUUCUUCCUGUGGACUCGGCCACAGUCUUUAUCGGACCAUAGCCACUUAACUGAAGAGGUGAUCCGACUGGCCCAGGAUGCCGAGGUAGAAUUAGAGCGCCAAAAGGAGCUUCUACAUCAGAUCUACCGCUAUAGUUCACUCUGGAACAAACGGAAGGCCAAAAACCUCCACCUGUCAGGUGCAGUGUCGGUCCAGCCUUCCACAGCUGCGCCCUUGCCCCAUCGCAAUCAGAUAUCACCUGAUGCCAUUUUGCCUGUGGUGGUGAUUGCCUGUGACCGCAGCACAGUCCGCCGUUGUCUAGAUAAACUAUUGCAUUACCGUCCCUCAAAGGAGCGAUUCCCCAUCAUUGUAAGCCAGGACUGUGGACAUGAGGAAACCGCUAGAGUCAUUGCCUCCUAUGGAGAGUCUAUCAUGCACAUCAAGCAGCCCAAUUUAAGUGACAUCCCUGUGCCUACCGACCAUCGCAAGUUUCAGGGAUACUACAAAAUUGCUCGACACUAUCGCUGGGCCUUGAGCCAAGUUUUCCGGACUUUCAAAUACCAAGCAGCCAUUGUGGUGGAAGACGACUUGGAAGUCGCUCCCGAUUUCUUUGAAUAUUUUCAAGCGAGUUUCCCACUUUUACUGGCUGACCCAACCCUUUGGUGUAUCUCUGCCUGGAACGAUAACGGCAAGGAACAGAUGGUAGACGUUGCUCAUCCCGAACUUCUCUAUCGUACUGAUUUUUUCCCUGGUCUGGGCUGGCUUCUGCUCUCUGACUUGUGGGACGAGCUGGAGCCCAAGUGGCCCAAGGCAUUCUGGGACGACUGGAUGCGACAGCCUGAGCAGCGGCAGGGCCGUUCAUGCAUCAGGCCUGAAGUGUCACGCACAAUGACCUUUGGCCGUAAAGGCGUGAGCCACGGUCAGUUCUUUGACCAAUAUCUGAAGUUCAUCAAGCUCAAUGACCGUUUUGUGCCUUUCACCCAGAUGGACCUUUCUUACCUCAAGAAGAAUAACUAUGAACACUCAUUCUUGGCCCAGGUCUACGAUGCCCCUCAACUGCGUGUCGAAGAAUUACAGGGGAACCAGCGCCGGGAGUUAGGUACUGUCCGAGUGCAGUACACCACUCGUGACUCUUUCAAGGCCUUUGCAAAAGCCUUGGGUGUGAUGGAUGACCUCAAAUCAGGAGUGCCCCGUGCUGGGUAUCAGGGCAUUGUUAGCUUCCUUUACCGAGGCCGCCGUGUUUACCUAGCUCCUCCUCCUGACUGGACAGGCUAUGACCCCAGCUGGAGUUAGCAGCUGACGAUUCUUGAGCAUGUUGGACCCCAUCGGGGAAAAGGGUGCUUGGGUGGAGGGUGGGGGUGGGGCAAAACUCUGUAUUUUCUUCUCCUGUGUGGCAUUCAAGGUGCAUUCCAAGAAUGAGGAUUGUUUUGUGCACUUAAUUUGGGGGACGAGUUAAUGGCAGGACGGAUGGGUUACCAGGGGGUGUGGGGGAGGCGGGGGCAUUCCAAAGCCCUAACAUCAUAGAUGAGAAGGAGCGUUCUGGGUUCUCUGUUCUCUCCCCAGUGCCUGCCUGCCUUCUUGACAUUGCUGCCUGUCCACUGAUUAGACCCUUGGUGGCUUGUCCAAAUUGGUGCAUUUUGAGGUCAAAAAGUGAAUGCUAAACCAAAGCAGUGACCCACUGAAGUUUUCCCAGUUUCGUUGAGAUACAGCAGGCCAGAGCUAACUUGUGAUCUCAUGAGGCAGAUGUAACUCCUCAAUCAAAUAGCAUGUUUGGCCACAGACUUCAUACAUAUCUUUUAAAAUCCUAGCCAAGCAAAAUGGGGAGGCUUGUUAAGUUGCCAAGAAACUAGGAUUCAAAACCGGCACACUGCGUUCAACUUGAUAGGUCACAGGUUAAAGUGUACGGAGAACAUAAACAAGUUUUUUUUUCUCAGCUCUUGGUUGCUGCUUCACGUCUCACCUGGGCACCUGUAAGAUUUGGAAAGCAGGAAGCUCUUUUGGAUGAUCAUUGAGCCCUCAAAAGGACCAUCUUUAUUGACCAUAUUGGCCAUUUUUAUGUUGAUCUCUUAGAUAUCCUAAUCCUUUAACCCUAUUGAAUGGGACAGUGGAGAGACAACGUGCACAACGACAAACUUAAUAUGAUUGUCACUCAGAUGCGAUGGAAAGGAAGGUCAGAGCCUCUUUUAUUGCUUUUAUGUGGGCACUAGGAUAGAGUAGUCAGAGAGCAUGAACAUGUGCUACCCUUUUUAUAGCGCCAUGCUAGGACUUGUUAACUUUAACUUAAAGUUUGGAUGGAGGUGGGCAUUUUCUUCUCAUCCUCUUACCUGGUAUUGAGAUACAUGAAGGUCUUGACUUUGCAGCCUUCCAGCCAGUGCCUGCUGUCAAAUAGUCCUUUCUCUGAGCCACAAUGGAAAAUGAUGGGCUGCAAGUGGGCCAUUAAAUUUGAAAAUGGCGCCAGGGGAGGAAGGCCCAAGGCUAGCUCUUUAUGACGCAUGAGGGAGCAGUCGGACCUUUCAGCCUCCCCUUGUAAUCUGAAAUGAUGAAGGCUUCCGGUAUAUCUAUUUAUGGUAAGCUGACCGAUGGCUUGAUGUCAGUGCCAUGUUCUCUUCCCAGGUUUAUGAGGAGAACUUGCCCAAGGCUGCCUUAAUUUCCCUGGUGUAGGAACUCCAUCCAGAUCUACGGCAGAGUGUGCUGGUGGCUCUGUUGCAUUUUUUUUAAUUGCUGUUUUUUUUUCUUCUGAAUGGCCAUAUUGGAAUUGGUCACUGCUGCAUAUUUAGAACACUGUGGGCAGUAAAGUAGAAUGGAGGGAGGAGACUCCUUGAGGCAUCGGAGCAUCUCAUGAGAGGACUUCUCCGAACAAGGAGUCCAGCCUUAUUCAGUGGGGCAGAGUCCAAUCUUCCCCAUUCUUGCCUUUGGGAGUUGCCACUGAGCUGCUCCAGAUGCUCCACUUUAUGAGGCAGGCAUGAAGAAGCGACUUCAGACCUCCUUUGGCCAAAAUUUAGACCACACCAAAGGGCAUUGCGUUGUUUGAAUUGCCUCAUAUUGCUUUCUCUCUCUCUUUUCAAAUAACAUGCAUAAGGCCACCUCCUUGAUGAAUGGAGGAAGGAAGAUUGUGUUUUUGGCAUUCCACUUCAGCAAGGGGAGGUUUUCCCUUUAUAUAUCUGCUCCUUUGGUUGGUGCAAGUGGGCAGGUAGGAGAUGGUGCCUUGGGGAGACUGCUUUGAAUGGUUUUGAUGCAUCUGCUUACGUCCUGAGAUUUUUCUUUUAAAAAAAAAAAGAAAGAAACGAAUGCUGCAGAGGAAGAGGCUCUCUAAAAAUAAUUUUAAAAAAAAGACCGACUGUGAUCUGCAUCUGGAAUGUUGAUAAUUUGGACAUGUCCAUAGGUUGAUUUCACUUUAAUUCUCUGCAAGAGACUACCGUUUAACGAUUUUCUAGGUCAGGCUUCCGUUUGAAAAGAAAUGUGUAAAGUAGGGCAGGAAUGUGUAUAGAACAUGAGUGGAAAUGUCUCGAUGGAGAGCAAAGAUCUUUCAGCAUGAUAUUACUCACUUUUAACAGUGUCCUGAAUAGACACAUACGGAAACGAUCACUCGAGUCAUCUGUUGACAAUGUGGUCCCCAUCAGAACCGUUGUACUCUACCUUAUCUGGAUGUAGAGGGCGUGUGAGGAGGAGAGAGAGGGUUGUAAUGGAAAAUCGGAUUUUUAUUUUUUAUUUUUUCGGGCAGGUUAUUUAAUCCUUACUUUCAAGAUUUGCUGGAUCCUGGGUGAAGAAUUGCCAUUUUUAAAACUAGAAACAGCAAGAGAGCUGUUCUUACUUUUAGUAUUAUGUUCUGGGACUCAGCCUCGAUGUCUCAGUUUGCUAAGUUAUAUUGCCAUCUCCUUUCAGUAGAAGGCAGCUACUGAACUUACAGAGGAAGGGAGGGGAAAAUAGAAAUUUCUUUUUCGGGUUCCCUCCUCCUUUCAUUUCUGUCCUCUGGUGCUCAGUCAGCCAAUCAAUCAGUCAAUCAGGGAAAUGAAAAUAGGAGGAUAGAGAUACUACAUCAUGGUUUGUUUGUUUUUUCUCUGAAUCUUCAGUUCUGUGUAACUUAAUCCACACCAUCUGUAGGCCAAACUCUCUCCUUUGGCCUACUGUCCGUAUUCGUGUUUUGUCCUGGGUCACAGUGAAAUGAUCAUAUUUUCCAUUCCAGUUUGUGAUUUUGGUGAAACAAUUGGAAGAUGCUCAGCGGAGACCCCAGCAGAAAGGAAAACCCACCAGCAGCUACCAUUUUUUUUCCCUUUCUGUCCUGAGCUGCCUCCUCCUGUUCCCGAAAAUAUCUCUGCUGAAAAAUAAGUGUCACCACAUCUGGAUGUUUGAAUCAAGGUUGUUUGAUGGAGAGAUGCUAAUUUUAUGUUGACAAUUAAUUGGUGAGAAGAGCUUAAAGAAGCAAAAAAACAAACGUUAUUUUCCACAAUGAAAUAAAAACCGUUCCUUUUCA